UGCAUACGUCUACGACUAAAAUUGAAUUUUCCAUUCUCAAGUUUCAACUUUCAAAUUUCAACAAAUGUUCAUAUGAUCACUAAUGAUAAGUACUGAGUAACAAAAUACGAAUGUUUUUUUAAUUGUCGGUAAGAGCACCAAGACGAGAAUUUCGUUUUACGUUUCUAGAUUAUUUGGUAUUGUGAAACCGGUUCUUCAAGUUAAAAAUAAUUAAAAGAUGUCAGAAAGAGAACCAAUGAGCCAAAGUGGCUCCAGUCGUGACUAUGGGGCUACUGCAGCACCUCCUACAGUAGGCUUUGCAGACUUUAGCCCCACCGAGUUGUAUAACCUCAGUGAAGGGAUUGCUGAUAAUGUUAAUACUAUAAAUAGUGGCCUCCGCACUUUAGAAAAAAUGAUGAAACAGAUUGGCGGACCUAGUGAUAGUAUACAGCUAAGGGACAAAAUCCAUGACACGCAACAGAAAGUGAACAGCUCAGUAUCGGCAACUGCUCGCGACAUCCAGCGCUUAGGCGUCGUUGUCCGACGUGGCGAUAAACCGCAAAAAUUGCAGGUCGAAAGACUCACGCAAGCCUUCAGAGAUGCUCUGGCUAACUAUUCUUCUGUACAGAAGAAAGUAACCGAGAAGAUGGCGGCACAUAUGCCGACUCAGCCUCGCAAUAAGAAUGACCCCGAAGCGCUGGAGAGGCAAGCCAUCGCUGACGAUGAAGAGGCGAGUCUAGUUGCUAAUCAACAGGCUCAGGCCCGUCUAGUUCAAUUUGAGACGAGCAUGCUGCUUGAGAAAGAGGCCUAUAUGAAUAAGAUUGAAGCUGAUGUGUUAGAUGUGAAUCAAAUAAUGCAGGACCUUGCUGAGAUGGUCAAUGCGCAGGCACAAUCUAUCGAUACAGUAGAAAGCCAUAUAGAGGCAGCCGGUGCCUCUGUGGAGGCUGGAGUUGAUGAAUUGGCAAAAGCUGCGGAAUACCAAAGGAGGUACCGGAGGAGAAUGUUCUUUUUUAUCACGAUUGCUGUUAUAUUAGCCAUCCUUCUUAUUGUGUGGAUUGUUAAGGCUUUCAGAUAAUUUUCUGGUUUUUUCGAUUGCGUUUAAAAAUUCUUUUAUUACGAUUAAUUGUGCUAAUUCUUAUCAAUUUAACUACAUAGUUUUUAUAUUAUGUUACCUAUAAAAAAAUAAUUUAACUUAUGUCCUACAUCUUUUAAAGUGAAUAUGACUAAGUUAUUAAUUAUGGAUCAGUUAAAUUAUUGCGAUAAAAAUAUUUGGUAAAUUUUAGUGUAGUAAGAAUUAGCACCAAUAUAAAAAUCGUCUUACAUUUGAAUUAAUUAAACUCUAUCUAUAUUGUAUCAUAAUUUAAUGGAACUUUAAUACACUAUAAACACGUAUACAUAAUGAAGGUAUUCACAUGUAUUACUUUCAUUAUCGUUAUUUGUAGGUUAUUUCUAAAUCUGGAGUGGAUUUGAUUUGAACCAUCCAUUUUAAAUAACCUCCAAACUUCAGGAUAUCAAAUAAAAAAAAAUUAUUCACAAAAUGUAUAUGUGAAUUUAGACGUGCCUAUAACAAGGCGUGUCUGGCCCUUGCCCCACUAAACCUGUAUAUAGUGGUUAUAUAGAUCUUGCUUUAAGCCCAAAGUAAACUGUUCUUAAUUUUUAACUUUUAUUAAAGACUGCGCUAGUAUUCGGUAAUUUAAAAUAGCGAAUGCGAUUUCGGCUUCAUUGUUGAUUGUAUGUCAUUGUAUUGCAAGGUUGCAUACAAUAGUUAAUAAUAGCAAUAAUUGGUAUAUUAUAAAUUAUAUAUAUAUAUUAGAAAUUACAGAAUACCAGCGCAGUCUUGAAAUGUUAAUUUUUUUAUAAUGUCAUUGCAAAAUUAAACAAUUUUAAAAUUAUAUAACACGUAAAACAUGGUGUUUCGUAUACCGACAACUUUAAGAAAUUCCAAUAGAUUGCAAAUCUCCGAAAUUUUUACGAAUUUAAUUAUUGAUAUAUAAAUGUCAAAACUUGUCAUUUUUGACAGUGUCAUUGCAUGUUAUUUAAAUUGAGAUUCGUUUAAUCUCGAAAACUGUUUUUUUUUAAAUAAUUUAUAGGUAUAUUAUGUGUUUAAGACACUUAUUACGUAUAUGAUGUUAUAUUUAUGGUUUUAAAUGGCGCACGUUUUUAUAUUUAAAUGGUUUGUGCAAUGUUUGUAAUCUCCGAUAGUAUAGGUACAGAAAAAUGCAGCUGGUUAUAAAAAUACAAUGCAAUUACAGAAAUGCAAACAUUCCCGAAAAUACUCUAUUAUUGUAUUGUAAGUGAUUGUACCUAUGUUAUGUGUUUCUAUAUAAUUUAUAAAUUAUAUAUAAAGUAACAAUUACGAUUUUUCGUUUUUACAUAAAAAUAUUUUUGUGUUCUAUUAAAGAAAAAAUAUUACGUGAUUUUCUUUAUCGGGCGAUAUAAAACCGAAUUAAACUUUGCCCCAAUGAAAUAAUUUUUAAUUAUUAAUAAAAAUUAUUCGUAAUAAUUUUAAUGAAUUUAUAUUGGAGAACACUCCUAAUGUAUACUAGCAUAUGUUACGGGAGAUAGCGUUGUGUCUUAGUAAAAUUUCAAACUGGGUCUAAUAAACAUUUAUUUACGCGGAAAAUUGCAGCUUUAGUCUACGUUUUAUAUAAACGUACAGAGCUUUUGUACUAAUACAGAUAUACCACAUGUUCCAGGCAGCGACGGAUUUUCAUUUGCCACAUUUACAUUAAUUUUAUAAAACUUAUGUAUGAUAGUAAAUGAAAAGUCCUUUGUGUUCCUGGUUUAUUCUUACAUCUCACAAUUUAGUGCAGUUUACUCAAGAAACAGUCUGGGUAUAUAUCUGAGAGAAGCUAUUUAUGUACAACUUAUUUUUUAAUAAUUCUAUAAGAACUAUAUUUGAUAUUCCGGUCCUCAAAAUUUACCGCUCCAGGCCUGUUCAACCUAAUGGUAAAAUAAAAAUAAUCCGUCUCUGACUUCCAGGUAGAUACGACUACUUAUACAUACGUUGCUAAAUAAUCUCAUAAAAUUUAAUCUAUAUGUUAUUUUACUUCGUAAAAUAAUUUUUAAAUGUGACUUGUUAGAAGUACAUAAAUUUUCUAAGAGCAGCGCUGACCUCCGUAAUGAUAAUAGAUUUUGUACGCCGGCACUAUUAGGAAUAAUAGUAAUGUAUAUUAUAUGCUACGAUAAGUAUUCAAGCAACGAUUUCUAUAUUUUAAUAAUACAUGUAUCACAGUAUUUCUUAUUUAAUUUCUGUAUUUGACGGGCGAAUAAUAUUUUUAUUGAGUUCGCCGUUAAAUAAGAAUGGCACAUCACGUGACCCGAUUAUAUUGUUAAACAAUAAAA